CUCUCACUUUCAUUCUCUUUCUUUGUUUGUUUUAUACUUUCAUGUCUUUACGAAACCUCUUUAGAACGCGUUCACUUUUUGUAUCAACUAAUUAUCGUUUUGGGUAUAACAGAGCAGUUGCUCGUUCAGUACCUCAAACUGCUUCUUAUGCAACCCAUACACGUCCCAAACCAGCCCCUCGUUUUAUCCGUAUUCCACCACUACCCGUUGCUCUUAUCAGUGUAGGUUUUAUUUGUCUCGGUAUUGGACUCUAUGAGCACUUGACAUCCGAUAUUCAGAAUUUUCCUCAACCUAUCAGACAAGCACUUCGAAAAGCACUCUAUUACCAACAAAACAAAGACAUGUCCUUAGCACUCAAAUACUUUAAAGAAGCAUUGAGCCUUGCACUCGAGUCAUCUGAAAUUGAAAAGAAUGGAGCUCCUUUGACGGGUAUUAUGAUCCAAUUAGGCGCUCUACAAGAAAAGCUCGGUCGAUUACCUGAAGCCAGACAGACAUUGAUAAUGGCUUUGCGCCAUUCACUCAACUUACACGACGAGACAGACAAGGACAUGAUGGAGAAGAUUGCACAAGGGUUGGACAUCUCUUCAUUUUCGCCUAUGGAACAAAAAAAGAUGAUUGGCAUUGCACAGAAACUGGGUGAUAUUACUGCUUUGAUGAAACGAGAUGAUGAAGCCGAGAAAUGGUAUGUCUGGUCUGUAGAACACCUGUUGAAAUCUUCUUCGAAGCCUGUAUCUGCUUAUGGUGAUACAACAGAAGUUGUGUUUGAUCAAGAACAUAUGCCUGAUUGGCUAACAAAGACAGAUGUGGGCGGUGCUUUAGAAGCCCUGGGUGGGUUUUAUGCAGCGCAAAACAAGCCAGGGCUAGCUAUCCAUCUUUAUUUAAGAGCAUUGUCAUUGACUGGUAUGGAGUCUUGUCAAGCAAGCGUAUUGAUGAACAACUUGGCUGAAGCCUAUUCUGGUCUGGGCCAAUUUGAAGAAGCCAAAACUUGGGGUCAAAAAGGUUUAGAUUUGGCUCGCAAUCCUAAUACUCCCAAGAUAAACAAAGACGGUCAAGUGUGUGAUGAAACAUGUGGUGUUUUGCUAUUCAAUAUGGGCAUGUUGUUUGAGGUAAUGGAAAUGCAUGGAAAUUGAGAGUCACUCACGCUUUUAUAUAGCAAACAAAAGACAAAGCAAAAGCCGAGCAAUUUUAUCAAAGUGCCAAGCAACACGGUAAAGAUUUCAAACAACCAGAGUGUAUCAAAGAAGCAGACCGUGCCUUGAAGCGUUUAGAGUUUGAAAAAGUUAGAGAUAAUACAACACCAUA